AUGCAGGCAUCAUCCAUAACAACAACGCGCAUAGCUCACACGGCAUUGCGCCGCACCUCCAAUCGAUUUGUUUGUCGCAGUCACAUUCAAAGCGGUGCGCUUAGUCUAUUAUUGCGCUCUGAGAGCUCGCUGGCUUAUGAAGCAGCUGUAGCGAAGAAUGCUUCCAAUUCGGAGCUGGCCGAUGCGUUAGAGCCAAGACCAGAGAACGUGACACAUCGACGCCUUGCUGAGGCUGAUUGGGCUAUUCGUGCACAGCAGAUUAUUCCUCGCUCUACUGUGGAGAAACCUUACGAGUUGGCACCUCUGACGCUUGGGCUUGAAGAGUUUCUUGGCAAGACAGAAGAUGAGCUUGCUGACCCAGUCAAGCUGACCAAGCGCGCACGCUCAGUAAUGUCUGAUGAGGAUGUAGAAAAAUGGCUUGAAAAGUUUGAGAUGCCUGAGAAUGCAUUGAGCAAGUGCAAAUCACCUGAAGAAAUUCAGGAGAUGCGUCGACGCUAUGCGCGUCAGCUCCGUCUUGAGUGCUCUGUGUAUGAGAUGGCUAUGGAUAAGUAUUCAGCUGCUCACGAAAAGGUUCGGCAAAUCGGACGCACUACAGAGACGAAUGCGGCUAAGGAUCUGAUCCGUAAAUGGAUUCCCGAGACCGAAAAAUACGUGAAGGCUGAACAAAAGAAGAUCAAAAAUGGCAAGCACAGUACAGACAGCAAUAUAUAUGGACCCGCGCUCAUGUUGCUCAAGCACGAUGUACUAGCUGCUACGGGUAUAAACAUCAUUCUUAACACGUGCUUGAUUGAAUCAACUGGAGCUAAGUUCAUCAAAAUUGCUCUUACAAUGGGGAAGGCUGUGCAAGAAGAGAUUAUUGCACAAAAGGAAGAAAUUACAAAGCGGUUCAAUGGCGACGAAGACAAAUUUUACCUUCAAGUAACACAGAACGUUAAGCUUGAGAGUCUUAAAGCGCGUAUGAAAGAUUACAUUGCUACUGUUGGUGGGUGGGACAAGCGUCUUCAGCUCAAGGUGGGUUCGGCCGUCGUUGACUGCAUCCAGCGCACGUGCUAUGUGCCGAACGAAUCUGGUGAGGUCUUAACUCCUGAAUUGUGCGCAGCAAAAGGCCUGCCUGCGCCAGAACCAGCUUUUAUUCAUAGCUAUGUAUUUGAUCGCAAUCGUCGCGCUGGUGUAAUCCAAAUCCAUCAGCGAAUUGCCGAUACGGUGCUGGCCACGAACCCUGAUGCCAACAUUUUGCCGUGGACUGCACGCUAUCUUCCAAUGCUUGUGCCUCCUCGUCCGUGGACAGGUGUUGUGAACGGAGGGUAUCUUAAAUUACGUACAAAAAUUAUGCGUCAGCGUGACUCGGCCUGGCAAAUGGACUGUGUGCAGCGUGGUGAUAUGAGUGGCAUUUUGAAGGUGCUCAAUUUGAUGGCUGGAGUACCGUGGGUGAUUAACAGGGAGGUACUAGAUGUGAUUCUUCAGAUCUGGGAGAAUGGUGGCAACUUUGGUGACCUGCCAACUCGAACGGACGUUCCUCUCCCAGACCCGAACAGUCCUGAAUUUGCGAACGACCCCACAUUAUAUACAAAAAAUGUCCGCAAGAUUGAACAACUAAAUCGCGAAUUUCACUCGCUGCGCUGUGAUACGCUUUACAAGCUCCAGGUCGCGGAAGAGUUCAAGGACGAACCCGAGUUGUAUUUUCCGUAUAACAUGGACUUUCGUGGUCGUGUUUAUCCUAUUCCACCUAAUUUAAACCACCUAGGCUCCGACUUAUCUCGAAGUCUACUGAUCUUCCGCGACCGCAAGCCACUUGGUGAAAAUGGACUUCGCUGGAUGAAAAUUCACUUGGCAAACGUUUUUGGAGUCGACAAAUGUUCGUUUGACGAGCGUGUAGAAUUUGCAAAUUCGCACUUGGACAAAGUUGUGGCAUCAGCGACUGACCCACUUGGUGAAGGAGAUUGUGCAUGGUGGAAGGGCGCAGAUUAUCCAUUUUUGGCAUUAGGCGUGUGCUUUGAGCUCAAACGUGCGAUUGAGUCACCAGACCCGACAAAAUACGAAUCAAACAUUCCAAUACAUCAAGACGGCUCAUGUAAUGGAUUGCAGCACUAUGCAGCACUAGGCCGAGAUAGCUGCGGCGGUGCACAGGUGAAUUUGGUCCCUGCGGAUCGGCCAAGUGACGUGUACAUUGGUGUCGCCACUCAAGUGAUGGCUAAGGUCGAGCACGAUGCAGCGCAAGAUGUUCCUAGUGUUGCUGAAGUUCGUGCAAUGCUUGCUAGUGCAUCAGAAGAUGACUCCCCACAAUCAACAGUGCGCAGAGCUCAACUUCAAACACUUUUGGGGCAAGCUCAUCGGAAAAAGUGUGCUCAAUUUUUACAAGGAAUCAUUACACGGAAGGUGGUCAAACAGACGGUUAUGACAAGUGUAUAUGGUGUGACAUAUAUCGGUGCACGAAAGCAAAUAUCAGCACGUUUACACGAAACAUUUCUGACGAAGGGCCACAUCAUGGAUGAGAAACUUGAAGACGAGAUUUACCGUGCGGCGUGCUACUGUGCAGAACUCACGAUUGGUUCAAUGGGUGAUUUGUUCAACUCAGCUCGUGGAAUCAUGUCGUGGCUAGCCAAGUGUGCAUCUAAAGUCGGUGAAAGCGGACAACCUAUGUCAUGGAUCACACCAAUGGGACUGCCAGUGGUGCAGCCGUACCGUAGUAAGGCAACGAAGCAAGUGCGUACCAAAGUGCAACACGUAUUGAUGGUGAACAGUGAAGGCCAACCAGUGAGUAUCGGUCGGCAAAAAACGGCUUUUCCACCAAAUUUUGUUCAUUCAUUGGAUUCGGCACAUAUGAUGCUGACAGCCCGUCGGUGCCUCGAAGAUGACAAGAUAUCGUUUGCAGCCGUACACGACAGUUACUGGACACACGCUUGUUCUGUGGAUACAAUGAAUCGAAGAUUACGUGAAGAGUUUGUCAAUUUAUAUGAACAGCCGUUAUUAGAGGAUCUACUGACAGAAUUAAAACUUCGAUUUCCAGACAUGGAGUUUGAUGACGUUCCCAAAUUGGGCAACUUAGACCUGAGGCGUGUGCUGGACAGUCUAUACUUUUUUAAUUAA